UUUCCCCUUGGUCUGCAAAUCUCAGGGACGGAGGAGGGGCGCCAAGGCCCCAUGUGUGGGAGGACUGCUACAGCUCUACAAACUUGUACGGAUUUUGGUUACAACUUUGGCCAGUGGUUCUCCCCCGAUUUCCUCCGAAUUGUUGCAAAUUCGCCAUUGUUCCCUGGCUGCUUACAAAGUUGGAUCCGGAAUUUCUCUUCAGCCGAGAGCCAACAGUGUCGAAGUGUCUGCAAUGAACCCCGUGAAUGCUACUGCUCUCUACAUUUCCGCGAGCCGCCUAGUGCUCAACUACGACCCCGGAGACCCCAAGGCGUUUACAGAAAUUAACAGGCUCUUGCCUUACUUCCGACAGUCCCUCUCGUGCUGCGUUUGCGGACAUUUGCUACAAGAUCCUAUUGCACCCACCAACUCCACCUGCCAACACUAUGUCUGCAAAAGUUGUAAAGGCAAGAAAAUGAUGAUGAAACCUUCAUGUAGCUGGUGCAAAGACUAUGAGCAGUUUGAGGAAAACAAGCAGUUAAGCAUCCUAGUGAACUGCUACAAAAAACUAUGUGAAUAUAUAACACAGACUACAUUGGCACGGGAUAUAAUAGAAGCAGUCGACUGUUCUUCUGAUAUUUUGGCUUUGCUUAAUGAUGGAUCAUUGUUUUGUGAGGAGACGGAAAAACCCUCAGAUUCAUCCUUUACUUUGUGUUUGACACAUUCCCCUUUACCUUCGACCUCAGAACCCACAACUGAUCCUCAAGCUAGUUUAUCUCCAGUAUCUGAAAGCACCCUCAGCAUUGCUAUUGGCAGUUCUGUUAUCAAUGGUUUGCCUACUUAUAAUGGGCUUUCAAUAGAUAGAUUUGGUAUAAAUAUUCCUUCACCUGAACAUUCAAAUACAAUUGAUGUAUGUAACACUGUUGACAUAAAAACUGAGGAUCUGUCUGACAGUUUGCCACCUGUCUGUGACACGGUAGCCACUGACUUAUGCUCCACAGGCAUUGAUAUUUGCAGUUUCAGUGAAGAUAUAAAACCUGGUGACUCUCUGUUACUGAGUGUUGAGGAAGUACUCCGCAGCUUAGAAACUGUUUCGAACACAGAAGUCUGUUGCCCUAAUUUGCAGCCCAACUUGGAAGCCACUGUAUCCAAUGGACCUUUUCUGCAGCUUUCUUCCCAGUCUCUUAGCCAUAAUGUUUUUAUGUCCACCAGUCCUGCACUUCAUGGGUUAUCAUGUACAGCAGCAACUCCGAAGGUAGCAAAAUUGAAUAGAAAACGAUCCAGAUCAGAAAGCGACAGUGAGAAAGUUCAGCCACUUCCAAUUUCUACCAUUAUCCGAGGCCCAACAUUGGGGGCAUCUGCUCCUGUGACAGUGAAACGGGAGAGCAAAAUUUCUCUUCAACCUAUAGCGACUGUUCCCAAUGGAGGCACAACACCCAAAAUCAGCAAAACUGUACUUUUAUCUGCUAAAAGCAUGAAAAAGAGUCAUGAACAUGGAUCCAAGAAAUCUCACUCUAAAACCAAGCCAGGUAUUCUUAAAAAAGACAAAACAGUAAAGGAAAAGAUUCCUAGUCAUCAUUUUAUGCCAGGAAGUCCUACCAAGACUGUGUAUAAAAAACCCCAGGAAAAGAAAGGGUGUAAAUGUGGGCGUGCUACUCAAAAUCCAAGUGUUCUUACAUGCCGCGGCCAACGCUGCCCUUGCUACUCUAACCGCAAAGCCUGCUUAGAUUGUAUAUGUCGUGGCUGCCAAAACUCCUAUAUGGCCAAUGGGGAGAAGAAGCUGGAGGCAUUUGCUGUGCCAGAAAAGGCCUUGGAGCAGACCAGGCUCACUUUGGGCAUUAACGUGACUAGCAUUGCUGUGCGCAAUGCUAGUACCAGCACCAGUGUAAUUAACGUCACAGGGUCCCCAGUAACAACGUUUUUAGCUGCCAGUACACAUGAUGAUAAAAGUUUGGAUGAAGCUAUAGACAUGAGAUUCGACUGUUAAAUCAGUGGGUCUUUAAACCUACCUCUGGUAGGGAGAUAGCUACAGUUUUACGGCAGCUAUGGUUUUGUUGGUUUAACUUGCCGGAGCUCCUGCAUAUAGAUCACUUGUAUCAAGUGUUUUCAUUGCUAAGUUAUAUGUGUUAGUGUCGGGGAAAUAGUUUGCAGUUAAUGGAGGAGUAACCCUACAACUAUAUGUCCUUAGUUCUUACAGAACCUCAUAGUUUGAGAACAAAUGCUGAUGCAACUGAUUUAUACAAAAUGAACUUUGGCAAGGAAAAUAACAUUAACCUCACUGUUUAUGGUCAUGCUUUGUGCAUAAUCAAAGUUUAUGAUUAAAUGUAAGGAAGUGGUAUCUAGUCAGUCCAUAAAGAUUGUGCUCAUAUUUUGUGAAAAAGUAGCCAUUAGUUUGUUCAGGAGACUCAGUGCUAUCUUCAGAUGCCAUUGAUGUUUCUCCUGUUGAAAAGCUGAUGUGUCCAGCUCAACCUUUGUGCUGACAUAAUACCAUUUCUGAUCAUGAAAAUUGGCUACUGGUGUAUGUAGCAGUUUUUAAAUCAGCAGUAUUAUGAAAGAAAAUUUGCCCCUCAUUAGAAUGUUGAAGAAAUCUGUCUUUUAAAAGUGAACAAACUGAAAUUCUGUCAGACUGCAGAUGUUUAGCUGUUUAUGCCACAAAACUCUUCUGAGUUGAUCCUCAUUUUUAGUUAAGUCUGACUCAUUUCUAGGGAAAAAACCAAAUCCUUCCUUCACUUUGAGCAAUGUUCUAAUCAGAUAAAUGAAGUGGAGAAGAACAGUUCUAUUCUGAAGGUAAUUGAAUUUAGACUAUGGUAUGUGACAGAAUUUUUUAAAAAAAUAUUUAAAUGUUUUAUUUAGAAAUUGGGAUUUAUUUAAAAUAAUUUUGGAAUAAUGUUCCAAAAGUUACUCAGAUUUAUGCAUUAUACCUAUUGCCAUUGGCCACUUCAAAGUGAUUUUCGUUUCCUCUGUUUGCCACAGACUUUAUUUUGAAUAUGCUGUUUUUCUUUCUUUCUUUUCUUUUCUUUUUUUUAGGGUGCUAUUCGUUGUGGAGACUUCUUUAUAGAGGCCUAAUAAAAAUGCCUUUUUAUGAAGCCUGUGCAUUUAGGUGGGUUUGAAGCUAGGAGGAUAUUCUUUAGAAUACUCUUUUGCAUGUAAAGCACAAACUAUGUUUCAGUUUUAAUGCACUUCUUCCCUGUAAUUUUUAUGGGGGAGGUAAGUGAGUCACAACAUUCUGUUGAAGGGAAAUCUAGUCAGUUGCUUGAAAGAGCACAGCCCAGAUAAAACAAGGACUGACUAGGUUGUAAAGAAAUGACCUUAUGAUUUAAAAGAAGAGUUGCUGCUUUGACAGUGCUUAUUUAAAGAAAAAUACUGCUGGAAAAUUUUCAGUUUCUACUACGUUCACCAUCUCUCCUGAGAUCUGACAUAUGUUGAAGUUAUGUUUUGAUUUGGCACACAGCAUGUUCAAUGAUGGUUACUCACCUAGUACAAGACAUGGAGAAGAAACCUUUGGACACAGAGCAGAUGACACCUUCUGUUUUGUAGUGUAUCCUGGUGUCAUUUUCUGUGAAUGUGGUCAGGUAGAGUUGUUUUUGUUGUUGUUGUUGGGCUUUUUUUUUUUUUUUUUUUUGUCUCUUUUGGUGGGGUGGGGGUGGGCUAAAGCCAUAGGAAGAAAAAUGUGAUGUAUGUGUCCAGUAUGUACUAUUUUUGUUUUUGUUUUGCGAGAAGAGUUGAACUAUUUUUGAUAACAAGAGUAAAUGGUGGAAAAUG